AAUAAUCAUCGUCCCCAGAUACCUUGUGCAUUUCUUUCUGUUCCCCGUUCCUUUUCUCUUUUUUAAGUAAAAUAAAAAAGAAAAGAAAAGAAAAUUAAAAAAAGGAAGAGGCUUUAUCAACAGCAGCAUCUCGCCAUUUGCAGAAAUGAAAUGGAAUGAAAUGAGAGAAGGCAGAGAAGAGUCUUGAAGAAAGGAGGAGAGGAUAUGAAGACGAAAAGAGGAGAAGAAGAAAGAGGGAGUGAUGUUAGUAGUAGUAGUAGUAGUAGUAAUAGUAGUAGCAGUUGUAAUGGGAAGAGGACAAUGGUGGUUGGGGUGAAAUUGGACGGUCCAAGCAAGGAAUUGCUAACAUGGUCUCUUGUAAAAGUGGCCCAUCCUGGUGAUCGAAUCAUAGCCCUUCAUGUUCUCAAUUCCUUCUCCGCCUCAGGAAAUGGAGAUGGAGAAGGACAGUCCUCCCUUCUUUCUCUUGUCAAGGCUUUUGAAUCCGUUCUCACUGUUUACCAUGGCUUCUGUAACUUGAAACAGGUCGAUCUCAAGCUCAAAAUUUGCCGGGGCUCAUCAGUCAGGAAGGUUUUGGUGCGGGAAGCGAAAACCUUGGCUGCCACUAAGGUCAUUCUUGGGGUCGCCAAGAACCAUCGCCGCAUUGGGUCUUUAGUUUCAAUUGCUAAUUAUUGUGCGAAGAAACUCCCACUUGAUUGUUGUGUUUUGGCGGUGAACAAUGGGAAGGUGGUUUUCCAAAGAGAAUCAACUGUCAAUGUCUAUUCAUCAGAUUCUGGAAAGAAAACAGAGGAUUGCCGCCAGCCCACCAGAUUGUUUGGUGCGUUCCGUCGGACCUGGAGUAAGAAUUCCAAGGUCCUGAAUAGCAAAACUUCAGGGCAUCCAUUGAUAGCCGAAGGUAAGAUUGGAAAGAAUGAUGAUUGGGAAGAUCACCGCAGUUCAGGUGCAGAUUCAACAUAUUCAGGGUCAGAUUGUAGUGGCAUUACCGCUGAUGAUGAUAUGUCCAACAAUUCAGUGUGUCGAACGUGUUCGAUAUGUGCACCGAAUUCUGUAUCCCCAGAAGAGGCCCUCUGUACAAAUUCUGCAGAAGAAGACAGAGAUGAUUCAUUGGCUCUGGUUACGGUACAGACGUUGGAGGCAGCUUCAAGCUCUAUCUCCCUAUUGAUACGGGAAUUGCCCGAGUUGAGACCUGGCUGGCCUCUCCUCCGCAGGACGAUCUUGCCCAACAGGAAUACUUCAGAAAGAUCAAAAGUUAAGCAGAUCUCUGUGGUUCAAUGGGCAAUGCGGGUGCCUGUUAGGCAUUCUGCGGCCACAGUUCAUCCUGAUCAAAAGCCCAUGAAAGUGGGCUGCGCAUCUGUAGAAGCAGUACAUGAUGCCCAAUGUGGUGCGCCCAAUUUGGAUGGAGAGAGUGGGGCAAUGGUUCCAGUAGGAAAUGUCACCUCUCCUAUUCCAGAUGAAGAUGAGUCGAAAAGCCUGCCAAAGGAGUUGGAGUCUCUUCAGGAGAAAUACUCAUCUACCUGCAGAAUUUUCAGCUAUCAGGAACUUGUGUCCGCGACAUCCAACUUCUCAUCUGACAAGUUGAUUGGGAAGGGAGGCAGUAGCCAAGUAUACAAGGGAUGUCUUCCCGAUGGGAAAGAACUGGCAGUGAAGAUCUUAAAGUCCUCACAAGAUGCAGUGAAAGAGUUCAUUUCUGAAAUUGAGAUCAUCACCACCUUACAUCACAAGAACAUCAUCUCUCUCUUUGGAUUUUGCUUUGAGGACAAGAAACUGAUCUUGGUAUAUGAUUUCCUAUUGAGAGGAAGCUUAGAAGAUCACCUUCAUGGAAAGAAAGAUCAGACUGUAUUCAGUUGGGGUGGGAGAUAUAAGGUGGCCGUUGGUGUGGCUGAGGCACUUGAUUAUCUACAUUCUGGUAGUAGCCAACCCGUAAUUCAUAGGGACGUCAAAUCAUCAAACAUCCUUCUAGCUGAUGAUUUUGAGCCACAGUUGUCUGAUUUUGGACUUGCUUCGUUGGCUUUGACGACUUCAUCACAUAUAAGGUGCAGCGAUGUUGCAGGCACAUUCGGAUACUUGGCUCCUGAAUAUUUCAUGUAUGGGAAGGUGAAUGACAAGAUUGAUGUGUAUGCUUUCGGUGUUGUACUCCUUGAACUUCUUACAGGGAGGAAGCCCAUCAGCAAUCAGUAUCCGAAAGGCCAAGAGAGCCUGGUCAUGUGGGCAAAACCAAUUCUCCAAAGUGGUAAGACAAUGCAGCUGUUGGAUCCAAGCUUGGGCGAUAAGUACGACAAUAAUCAAAUGGAGAAGAUUGUUCUAGCUGCUUCCCUCUGUAUCAGACGCGCACCUCAACUUCGGCCUCGAAUAGGCCUUAUUUUGAAGCUGCUCCAAGGGGAUGAUGAAGUUACCAAGUGGGCGAGAUUGCAGGUCAGUGCUUCGGAUGAGUUCGAUGGACUGGAUGAUGAAGGGUACCCUACUCCUAACAUCCAGUCCCAUCUCAGCCUCGCCUUGCUCGAUGUGGAGGACGAUUCACUUUCGGUGAGCAGCACGGAGCCAAGCCUCAAUUACUUAACAGCAAACAGGUCGUGGGAAGAUUACUUGAAGGAGAGGUGGAGCCGCUCAUCAAGCUUUGACUGACUUUCUUGGUGGGACCCACAUCACCAUCCCUUCGAUUUUUGUAUAGUCUUUCAGAUUCAUUGCAUUUUGCUUUGCUGAUCUAAUCAUCUUGGAUGAGAGGUUGUUUGAAGAACCAUCACCCUCCUCCUCGACAAGACAUGUUCCUCCGUCCUAUUCGGGGCCUUGUCAUGGGGCCCUUGUCCCCUUGUUCCGUUCAGUUGGAUUAUUCUUGAUCAAAGGUUGAGAAAGAAAAUGUGCGAUUCCAGGGCUGGAUUAGUAGCUUAAGAAAUGCUGUGUUGUGGCAUUCAAUGAGGUAAGAACUAGUUUUUGAAGGUUGUAACAAAUUGCAUUUGCUAUUACAGAAAAACAGGCUUACAAUCUACAAA